CCUGAAACAGCGGGAGCUCUUCGGCUCAGUGCGUAGAAAUCCCUGAAGUGUCUGUGUCUUCUGCGAUCAUGGAUAUAACUUUCUUAGCUGUUGCUCACCACGACGAGAGCAAAACCCUGUUUUUCUGGAGAAGUGGGGAGCUGAGACAGAGAGGGAAAUAUUCUUACCGACAAGCCUUAGAGACGUGAUAGAGACUUCACUCCUAUAGUCAGCAGAAAGGUGAUGUUUCACGCUGUUCCCUAGAGGUGCUCUUUGCUCUCAUUUGAGAGAUCCAGGGAGACUGGAAGCUGAGAGCCCAAACAGCCUGAAGCUAGGCAGUAUGAGAUCCCAGAAGAUUUGCUUAAUGUUGCAAAGGUAGUCUGCAGCAGUCAGGGGACAAAAUGUAGGGUUCAAAUAUCUCAACACCUGCCAGGAAACUGGGGACUCUUCACUCUGUAGUAGCAGACAAACAAGUGUGAAGCAUGAGGAUGAACUCUGCUAUUCAGGCUGCUGUUGACCUCACAGCAGGAGCUGCAGGUGGGACUGCGUGUGUGGUGACUGGCCAGCCCUUUGACACAGCAAAGGUGAAGAUGCAGACGUUCCCUGACAUGUAUAAAGGAAUUGUUGACUGUUUUGUGAAGACCUAUAAACAAGUGGGGUUUCGAGGCUUCUACAAAGGGACCACACCAGCGCUUGUAGCCAACGUUGCAGAGAACUCGGUCCUGUUCAUGUGCUAUGGAUUUUGCCAGCAAAUUGUGAGGAGAAUUGUUGGAGUAGAAAGGAAAACAAAGCUCAGUGAUCUGCAGAAUGCUGCUGCAGGCUCCUUUGCCUCUGCCUUUGCCACCCUUGUCCUCUGCCCCACGGAGCUGGUGAAGUGCCGUCUGCAGACCAUGCAUGAAAUGCAGUUGUCAGGAAAGAUAAUGCAAGGACACAAUACAGUUUGGUCAGUAGUGAAGGGGGUUCUUCAAAAGGAUGGUCCCCUUGGAUUUUAUCGUGGCCUGUUAAGCACUUUGCUGCGGGAAGUCCCAGGAUAUUUCUUCUUCUUUGGAGGAUAUGAACUGAGCCGGUCAUUCUUUGCCUCUGGGAGAUCAAAAGAUGAAUUAGGUCCCAUUCCUUUGCUGCUAAGUGGAGGUUUUGGAGGCAGCUGCUUGUGGAUUGCUGUGUAUCCUGUGGACUGUGUCAAAUCCAGAAUUCAGGUUCUUUCAAUGACUGGAAAACAGACAGGUUUUAUGGGAACAUUUGCAAGCAUUGUUAAAAAUGAAGGUGUAUUUGCCUUGUAUUCUGGACUGAAGCCUACAAUGAUCCGUGCAUUCCUGGCCAAUGGGGCAUUGUUCCUUGCCUACGAAUACAGCCGGAAACUCAUGAUGAGCCAAAUAGAUUCUUACUGAUACCUUCCAGCAAAGGGAGAACAACCUUUUAAAAUGAGCAAAAACCUGUAGAUAGUAUCAGGGUCCGAUUAGAGCCAAAGCGGUGACCUUAUUUUAAGGAACUUGGCUCCAGUUUAAGAUUUAUGACUUUAAAUUUAAAGUGGAUUUUUUUUAAUGCUUUUUGUUAUUGUUUGUUUUAGACACGUGUAUUUCUUGAAUUGGACUUGCAGAACUAUCUCCAUCCUGCAGAUACUGCACUAGGUACAUUGCAUGUCAUAAAAAGGUCUUUUCCACCUGGAAUGGUGUUCAAAAGAUGACCUAACUACAUUGACCUAUUAGGUUUAAUGUAACAUGCAGCAAUAGGCUGUGAUUCAUUUAAGACAAAGCACCAUUUCAAAAAUCUAUGCUGCAGUUAUUAAGUUUUCCAGUUGUUGUUGAUAGAAAGCAUCUCUGACUCAAAAUAACUGCAGUCUUGUCUAGCCUUGGUGAGUAUGACUUGCCUCUAACUCUCAGCUAGGUCCACAUCCUUCUCUGUAGCUUCCUUCUGCUCUGUGACUUUCCAAGGCCAAUGCAGUCAGCUUAUGACUUACAAAAACUGUCCCAGUAAAUGGGCUUGUAAAAGCAGGAAGUUUCCUUUCCACCCCCCUCUCCCUGGUAUAUAUACAUUUAUACUCAUAUGACCUAAAGCUGAGCCAUUCCUGUGCUACAGGUAGAACUUGAAGUUAUUGCCUUUAAAAGAUAUAUGCAACAUUUUUACACAAAUGUUAUAGUUCUCUAGAUUCUUCUAAGAAGUGCUUGAGCACACUGAAUAUCAAUGAGUUAAACACUUGUAGAAAGGAGGACUUCUGGAAAUAGCUCUUGGCUCAAAGCACAAAGUUGCAACCUUGAGCUGACUCUUGGUUGGGCCAUGCUGACCUAGACAAGCCCAUCUACUUGAACAGGAAGCUGAAGAGGAACAGAAGGGCAGCACUGAGUUCUUAAAGAUGACUGACCUCACCCUGUCUUAGGGAGGAGUGUUGCCACAUGUGCCACUUGCUGUGUCUCUUCAGCUGAGUGGAAAAAGCUCAUAUGACUGGACAGCUCAUAUCACCAUCAGGCCUGGAGGGUGUACCUGCGUGUUCAUGUUACUUGAUUAAACAUGCAGCCCAAGGCCAGUUGGUUACCAUUGUCUAUAAUGAUACAGUAACACCUAUUUUUAGAUGCCACUUUCACUCUGAAGAAAUUUGUCAUAGAAGCAGGCUUUAUCCUGGGGAAAAGGCCUGAUUUCAAGUAGGUCUCAAAGUAGCACGGUUCAUAAAUCAUGCAUGGAGCUGUACAGAAGAAUGUUGACUGUGUGCUUACAACAGCUAGCUUAGUCCCCCCUCUCUGUUCUUGGCAGAGCUCUUUGCCCACCAAAAUCAUCUGAGCUACAGUAGCUCUAAAGAAAUGAGUUUCUCCUCACUAAAGAUUAGGUCACUGUCAUUGGAAAUACUAGCUAACAGUUGUGGCCUGUAAAACUGACCAAUUACAACUGAAACCGCGUACCUCAGAAGGAAGAAAAAGCUUUAGGCACAGAUGUCUCAGUACGUACUGUGGAACUGGAAUUCACUUGAAUUGGCUACUCUACUGCAGCACUCUAGCCUCCUGGCAAAAAGUAGUCUCUGCAGUUCUGCAAACCCUGCUUCAUGUGCAACAAGAACCAAACAUUUCACUUUGAACAGCCGUGAGAAAAAGAGUUACAAGCUGCACAUGGCUGAAGAAUCUUCAGUGGCUACUGCAACGCAUUAGUGCACUGGAAGCAGUAAUCAACAAGGUAGCACUGUGCAUAGUCAGUACUUUAAGGAAUUUAUGCCAAAUGUUUAAACAACUCAGGUACGAAGGUGGGGCUCUCAGAGGUGUUCGACUUCUUUUCAAACUUGUUUAUCACAAGAUGAAUGGUACAUUUAUAUGCGUUUGUAAUAGUUACAGAAAGGUAAAAAUUGAAUCCACAGCAGUGGAAUACUUCAAUCUAUUUCUUAGAUUUGUCUUUGCUUUCAUUUUUUAAAGCUGACAGUUGAAUUUUUUAAAAACAAAUGUUGAGGCUUCAAGAGAAGCAAGAUUUUUAGAACCAAAAGUAGAGGCUGAAAUGGACAUGCAUUUUGAGAGGUUAUAAUGUGCAAGUAUCACAACUGCUUCGGCUGUACACUUGUGUCAACUGUUCAGUGUUCAGCACUCUGAAAACUUCAUAAUGCUGGAAGUAAGAACUCAUGGGAAUAAAGUUUGAUUUAACUGA